AUGUCUCGUUCUCUCGUCGGCGCCGCCCUAGCGCUCUCCCGGCUGGCCCAGACGCCGCUGGCAGCUGGCACCGCGAGCAGCGGGGGCUGGUACGAACAGAGGCCGACCUGCACCGGCCUCAAUUCGCUGUGCGGCGACGGUUGCACGGUCCACAUGGGGGACUGCCGGGACGGACAGUGCUACACCAUGAUGGGCGCCUCCACAGCGUGCGCUCCGGCCGUGAUGGGCUGCAACGAGAUGGACAAGAAGGUCGCCGAGGGAGGCUGCUGCCCCUUUGGCACGCUCUCCGCGGGGCCCGGCAGCUGCGUGGAGGCCAGCUGUGAGAGCAAGCUCCAGUACCACUGCGGCAGCGAUGCCUCUGCGGCGCCCGCCUGCGCAGAG